UACAUUAAUAUGUAGUUCAUUAAUCAACCUUUGAAAAGACUUAUAUUCAGUAACCGAGGAGGAAGUAGGUCCAUAUAUCCAUGGCCGACAAGAGCGUGCACUACCCGGCACGACGCUCCCGGAGUCGAUCGCAUCGCAUCCUGGCCGGUCCGGUCGCAUCACUGCUCGACCACGACCGGCGAUGGUGGAGUUCUCGUGUGUGGACGCCUUGUAGUCAAACUUUCCGGCACACCACUCACGGUUUGCCAGAAAAAAAGGACACUCGUCACGCACCGACUCCCCCGACUCCUCAUAUGACAUACCCCCUCGCUCGUACCAUGAAUAUCGUACACCCUUCGUUGCCCACUGUCGUCCUCGGCCGGAGUCAUCAUCCUUCCAUCCUCCCUUACCUAUGGUCCUCCCAUGGCUGGGGUCUUGCCUCCACCUCCUCCUCUUGGCCGCCACCGCCUCUGCGAUGCUUGCCGCGGCGGCGGACGUCGGCGGCUGCACCCCCGGGAAAUGCGGCGACCUGACCGUCUCCAUCCCGUUCGGCCUCGUCUCGGGCUCCGAGGAGAACCAGUGCGCCCAGCUCGGGUUCCAGGUCCACUGUAUCGAUCACGUCCCCUACCUCGGGUACUACGAGCGCGACGUUGGGCUGCGGAUCCUCGACAUCUUCGUCCACAACGGCUCCCUGCUCGUCUCCGACGUCCACAAGCUCGGCGACUUCGACCUCUCCGGCGACGGAAGCCGUUGCCAUGUCCCCACGGCCAACACGGCCACCAAAGUUGCGCAUCCGUUCUCCAUCAGCCCCCUCAACCAGAACCUCGUCUUCUACAACUGCACCAAGCCGCUGGCGCCGAGGACGGCGCGCCGAGCUGGGCUGGUGGACACGGCGUGCCGGAACAACACGUUUGUCCGCGCGGGAGGGUGGUAUAACGAGUCCGGCGGGAUCGGCGGCGGCUACGAUUUGGAGGGCUGCAGCGCCAUGGCCGUGACGGUGCUUGGCGCGACGACCGGGGAGGUGAAUGCCAGCGACUACCAGCAGCUCAUCAGCGGUGGAUUCCUCCUCACAUGGCAGCCGCCGCCGACUGCUGACGGUAGCGGGAACCGUAACCCAGCAAGACUGAAGACUAUAGCUGGAGUAGUAGGCGGUAUCGGUGCUAUAUUAUUCAUGUUUGUGGUGUGUUUCGUCUAUUUUGCUUGGUACAAACGCAAGAAGAGGAAACAAGCUAUAGCUUCAAAGGAGUUCAUGCGAAGUGGAUCUUCAACGACAUCAUACAGUAAAGACCUUGAGUUGGAUAGUUCUCCUCAUAUCUUUACUUUUGAGGAGCUUGAAGUGGCUACUGAUGGAUUUAGUGCUUCAAGGGAGCUUGGUGAUGGUGGUUUUGGAACUGUCUACAAAGGAAAGCUCAAGGAUGGGAGAGUAGUUGCGGUGAAACGCCUGUACAAGAACAACUACAGACGAGUUGAGCAGUUCUUGAAUGAGGUUGACAUCCUGUCCAGGCUGCUCCACCAGAACCUUGUCAUCCUAUAUGGCUGCACAUCUCGGAUGAGCCGUGACCUUCUCCUGGUGUAUGAAUUCAUUGCAAAUGGGACGGUCGCGGACCAUCUUCAUGGAUGCCGUGCGGCGGAACGAGGCCUCACAUGGCCUCUGAGGCUGAACAUUGCCAUAGAAACGGCUGAAGCACUGGCCUACCUCCAUGCCGUCGAGAUCAUACACCGUGACGUGAAGACGACCAACAUAUUGCUCGACAACAGCUUCCAUGUCAAAGUUGCAGACUUUGGGCUGUCGCGCCUGUUCCCGCUCGAGGUCACCCAUGUCUCCACCGUUCCACAGGGCACGCCGGGCUACGUCGACCCGGUGUAUCACCAGUGCUACAAGCUGACCGACAAGAGCGACGUCUACAGCUUCGGCGUCGUGCUGGUGGAGCUGAUAUCGUCAAAACCUGCUGUGGACAUGAGCAGGAGCCACAGCGAGAUCAACCUGGCCAACAUGGCCCUCAACAGGAUUCAGAACCAUGAGGUUGUUCAGCUGGUUGAUCCGGAGCUCGGCUACGACACCGACCCCGAAACGAAGAGGACGAUCGACCGCGUCGCCGAGGUGGCCUUCCGGUGCUUGCAGAUGGAGAGGGAUCUGAGGCCGUCGAUCAAGGAGGUGGUGGAGAUCCUGACUUGCGUCAGGGACGGAGACUGUUUGUCUAAGAGCUUGAAGAAGAAGGGGUCUCAGAAAGAGGACGCGCACUUGCUCACGGUCACGGAUGGCGUGCAGUUUUCGCCUGACACUGUCAUCCAUAGAUUCCAUAGCCAGUCAACUAACCAUUCGGGAGCGUCGAAUGCUAGCGGAUUAUCUAACGUUAAAUGAUGAGAACAAUGUCGCCGAGGCCCUUUUUGGCAGUCUUUGACAAUGGCAAAACAAAGUUGAGAUUAGAAGAAGCCCUUUCAAUCAAAAAUAUUGGAUUGUUCUGAUC